AUUAUCUCCUAUAAUCGACCAAAAAGAAUAAUCAAACACCAUUGUUUCAAAAAAAAUUAGAACAUAAUUUCUAAGCAAAAGAUCAAAAUGGAAGGCAGCAGCGAGAAUACAUUGAUUAAUAUUCCAGAGGUGCUUCUUAGCUGCAGUGGCAGGAGGAUGCCAUUACUCGGUAUGGGAACUUCGACGUCUCCAUUGGUAGGAUCGGAUGAGAUUAAAUCCGCGAUUCUACAAGCGAUUGAACUCGGUUAUAGACAUUUUGACACAGCUACGCUAUACCUGACCGAGGAGCCACUCGGUGAAGCCAUUGCCGAAGCUAUUUCUCGUGGACUGAUUAGUUCCAGAGACGACCUCUUUAUCACAUCUAAGCUCUGGUGCAGUGAUGCUCAUAGCGAUCUUGUUCUUCCUGCACUUCAAAAAACACUCAAUGCUCUUCAGCUGGAGUAUCUUGAUCUUUAUCUGGUACAUUGGCCUGUGAGUUCAAGACCAGGAAUUUAUGAGUUUCCGAUCAAGAAAGGAGAUCUUAUGCCGAUGGAUUUUAAAGGUGUAUGGGAAGCUAUGGAAGAGUGCAAGAAAAAUGGACUAACUAAAUCCAUUGGUGUAUGCAAUUUCUCCUGUAAAAAGCUUUCUGAUAUUCUUGCCAUUGCACAAAUCCCUCCUGCAAUUAAUCAGGUAGAGAUAAACCCAGUUUGGCAACAAAAGAAGCAAAUGGAGUUCUGCAAAGCCAAUGGAAUUGUGUUGACAGCUUAUGCUCCUUUAGGAGGAACUUUCAACAGAGUUAUGGAAAAUGAAGUGCUCAAAGAGAUUGCAAAUGCCAAAGGAAAAAGUGUUGCUCAGAUUUGUCUGAGGUGGGCAUAUGAGCAAGGAGUUUGUGUGUUGGUGAAGAGUUUCAACAGGGAGAGAAUGAAAGAAAAUCUUGACAUAUUCAACUGGACUUUGACAGAGGAAGAAACCAAGAUGAUUUCUGAGAUUCCGCAGCAUAGAGGAUCGAGCGGUGUCGAUUACAUCUCUGAUAAAGGCCCUUUCAGCACCCUUGAUGAGCUUUGGGAUGGAGAAAUUUAAUACUUUGUUUUUAUCACAUCAUAAAAACAGAAAAGAAAAAUUCUUAAGAGAUGUGACUUUUGUUUUUGCAUGUAUAAUUUAGUUAGAUUCAAGGCUUCCUCUAACAAGUUUUUAAUGAAGGUUUAUCUACCAAAUUCCUAUAUGUAUGAGAAUUGUUGCACAAGUGUUGCUUAGGGGGAAUUCUUGUUGGAAAAUAUUAAAAUGGGUGUAACAAUGACAUGAUUAUUUGUCGUUUUGACGUUUAAUUUUGAUUCGGACUCACUA